GUUACUUAUAAACAUAUCUGUAACCUUGUAGUUCUUUCUUACUGCGUGUUACGAAAUACGCUGGUGGGCAACAAGUCAGGGUCCACUCUAGGGUUUGCACGUUCAUGUUGGAAUAGCCAGGUUUAUGUGUUUCUCCUUAGUGGUAUAAACCACGUUGUGCACGAAGAGUUGGAAUAUUAAGUAAUUUGUGCCGCUCUUUGCAUCGAAUUCUUUGAUCUUUGAAAAAAUUAUAUCGUCCGUCUUUCUUAACGAACAACCAGAAUAGCAACGGAUAUGGAAUUUUCAUUGUGAAUUAUGGACCACAAGACAAGCCCGGUGUGUUCGUGUCCGAUUUGGCUCCAAACGGUGCGGCUGCUCAGCAUGGUGAACUGUGCCCCAACGAUCGGAUACUGGCUGUGAAUGGUCAGAUCCAGACCGAUUACGACUCAACGCUGUCCUUGAUGAAACAGUCCACCACACGUGUUCGUCUGACAAUUGCACGCCGAAAAGCGGCCACACAAUCACCUAGCAAGGCCGUCACUAAACCCGUGGCCACAUCGUCACCUGCUCCAAGUGCUUUGACGAACGCACCUCUGGAGCGCCCCAAACCACCACCCAUCAUACCUGGCAGAGAGACCCUUGUUGAACUCACUCGUCAUUCAGGAAGCUCUUGGGGCUUUUCGGUGGUCGGUGGGAAGGACACUGUGUUGGUAGGUUAACAAAAAUUGUAAAUCGCUCUCAUUGUUCCUAUGACACCCUAAGUUUACCGUUGGUCUCUAAGACCUGUUUAAUUUUGUUUGUCUACUGAUUAUGUCGCUAGUAAUAUCGAUAGAAAACAGUUAUCUCAGUGCAGAAAACGCCAGGACGUCUGUUCUGUGCAUCUAGUAGUCCACG